GCGAUUUCGAGGGUGGUGAGUUGUGUUUCCCGCAACUACAAAUUGUAGUAAAACUCAAACCAGGUCAGGUUGUAGCAUUUUCUUCUCGCCUUUUGCUUCAUGUUUAUAAUGAUCUUGAGGAAGGGAUUGAGAGAAAUGCUCGUGGAUCAAUUGUUUCAAUAAUCCCUCGUCAAGAUCUUAAUAAUGCUCAAGGGUUGAAUCGACAAACUCGACUCUUGAACCCAAAGGCAAAUCAAAUAAAAAUACCACCUCUAUCUUCAGACU